AUGCAACAGCUACUGGACCAACUCGAUGUGGUGACAGCCUUUCUCUACGGAGUGAUGAAGGAGAAGGUGUACUGCGUGAUACCAGAAGGCGUCGAGAUGGAUGGCGACUUCGACUGUCUCGAGUUGGUGAAGGCGAUCUACGGUCUCAAGCAAGCUUCACGUGUGUGGAACGAGACUUUCGACGAGUUCGUAUGCUCCAUCGGUUUCGAAGCGUCGGCGUUCGACCCAUGUCUCUACAUCAAGGUUGUCGACGGUCAUUGUGUGCUCGUGCUGGUCUACGUGGAUGACGUGUUGGUCACCGGCAGCUCGCUCGAGUUGAUUGCGCAGACGAAGGCCGACCUCAAGACGCGUUUCGAGAUGACCGACAGUGGCAAGUGUACUUUUGUACUGGGCAUCGAACUGGUGGAUGAAUCGGAUGGCAGCGUGACGAUGUGCCAGCGACGGUAUGUCAACGACAUCCUCAAGUGCUUCGGCAUGGAUGAGUGCAAGGCCACAGCAAGUCCGGUCGACUUGAGCACUCGGCUUGUCGCAAGCAGCGAAGCGGCCAAGAUCGACGUUCCGUUUCGUGAAGCUGUGGGAGCUUUGAUGCACUUGACGACUGCGACGCGCCCGGACAUUGCGUAUGCUGUGGGGUACGUCUCGCGCUUCAUGGAGAAUCCGCAGCAAGAACAUGGGACGGCGGUGAAGCGCAUCUUUCGUUACUUGCAAGGGACCAAGUCGCACGGACUCCGCUUCCAGCCAAGCGACAAGAUCGACUUUCGUGGCUACUCGGACGCGGACUGGGCCGGCGACCACGCUGAUCGCAAGUCGACUUCGGGUUACACUUUCAUGCUGAUGGGUGCUCCUGUGAGUUGGGGAAGCAAGAAGCAGUCAAGUGUGUCGCUGUCGACGAGUGAAGCGGAAUACAUCGCACUGAGUCUGGCCAUCCAGGAAGGCAAGUGGGUGCAUCGCCUGCUAUGCGAGAUUUUGGCGGCCGCAAACGAACCAGGACCGGACCUCGUCAUCCGUGAAGACAACCAGUCGUGCAUCAAGAUGACAAAGAAUCCGGUGAAUCAUGGCCGCGCCAAGCACAUCGACAUCAAGUACCAUCACAUCCGUGAUGAGGUCAAGCGCGGUGAAGUGCAGCUCGAGUAUUGCGAGACUUCCGAGAUGAUGGCGGACACCAUGACCAAGGGACUUUCGGGACCUCGCCAAAAGGACUUGACGACGGCUCUCGGCAUUCGUGCGAGUUCGGCUUGA